AUGGGCUCUAAGAAAAAGCCUCGUGCAUCAGCAAGCCGAGCAUCGGUCGCCUCAGCGGCCUCUUUGGUAUCGCAAAAGGUGUCCAAGGUCACAAAGUCAGUCAAGGCUGGUGCAAAAGCACUCAUGCGGCCUCUCAAGAAGGCUCGCUCUGCUUUUUCGAAGAGCGGAGUGAGCCUUCAAUCUCACUCGUCAUCUAGUGCAAUGUCGAUCAAUGAGACCUCAAGCAAGCCUGUGUCCCUUAUCGACAUUGACCUAGAUGAUGCCACUGAAGCGGCAUCAUCCCAGGUGGCUAACGAUGAAGACUCGCCUGAAGCAGAACUUGCUCGUCUGCAAGCUUCAUGGCGCUCCCCGGUCUACUCCUUCUUCAAACUUGCAGAGGUCUCAAUUGACUAUGACGACGAAGGCAGGAAGUACCACUUCUUCCCCUGUGCUGCUCGGCAGUGCAAGAACAAGUACAAAGGUGUGCGUCACUACCAAGAUUCCAAGGACAAGUCUUCAACAUCAAACUUGAAGACUCAUGCUACGAAGUGCUUUGGCACAGCAGCAGUGGCAGCUGCUAUUCAAGGGAAGUCCGAUACAGGCAAGGAUGGGUCGAUCUUUGCUGCCUUUGCGCGUCGAGGUCAGCGUCCCGUUACAGUCUCACAUCGCAACCACAGCAAUGCCGAAGUCUGGGCUCACCUUGUCAAGUGGCUCAUGGAGAGCAAUCGUCCAAGCACUAUUGUGGAGGAUCGCGA